GGCUGCUCCGGGCGGGAACUACGAACGGGCCGCGCUGAGGCUCAGAAUGUGGCCUGAAUGAGUGAGGGGCAUGAAAGAGCUACUGGCAGCACCAGAGGCCAGCUGUAGUCUGCAGCAGACACCCAGUCUCCUGAGCUGCCCCUGCAUUUCCAUGUUUAACCCACCAGGAUGCCUGAGAGCCAGGGGAAGGAUGGUGAGAGCUACAGCAGCAGCAGCAGCAUCUCCAACACUGGGGACUCCGUGGCUUCCUUUGGACAGUAUCAGUACACAGCCGGCGAGUACCGAGCUAUCCAGCACGCCCUGCGGCAGAGGCUGGGCCCAGACUACAUCAGCAGCCGGCAGGCAGGAGGAGCGCAAAAGGUCUGUUACAUCGAGGGUCACAAGGUCAUCAGUCUGGCCAAUGAAAUGUUUGGCUUCAAUGGCUGGGCUCAUUCAGUCACUCAGCAGAAUGUUGACUUUGUCGACCUCAACAAUGGCAGGUUCUAUGUGGGUGUGUGUGCUUUUGUGAAAGUUCAGCUUAAGGAUGGGUCAUACCAUGAAGAUGUGGGAUAUGGAGUCAGUGAAGGCCUCAAGUCCAAAGCCUUGUCCUUAGAAAAGGCAAGAAAGGAGGCAGUAACAGAUGGACUGAAGAGAGCGCUCAAGUGCUUUGGGAAUGCUCUUGGGAACUGCAUCCUGGACAAGGACUACCUGCGAGCCGUGAACAAGCUUCCCCGGCAGGUACCCCCUGAGUUAGACUUGGUCAGAGCUAAAAUACAGGACUAUGAGCCUGAAAUAGAGAAAGCAAGAUACAGCAGCUAUGUGGACAGGCAGAACGCAGCAGGGAGACAGCACUGUGAGGUGACACCAGGCUGUAAGCCUGUCCAGACAGAGGCUGCUGUAGUGACAGCAGAUCAGAAACAGCCCAACGCUCCCAGAAGCACAGACUCCCUGGCCAUGGAGUGUGAUGCCACUUACCAGAGGAAACUGCGCCAGAAGCGGCUGCAGCAGCAGUUCCGGGAGCAGAUGGAGAAAAAGCAGCAGGUGCCAGGAGUUAGUCCCAGCAGCAAACAGGCAGCAUCUGAUCCUCCCGUGAAGCUCAGCACUCCAGCAGAAGUGCAACAGGAGCUGGCAAUAGAAGAGGAGUUCUUUGCAGAUGAUCCUGAGCUUUGGGACAUCUCCUUGGAGAGCACUGACCUAAAGGUACCGGGUGCCAAAGUGUCGGAGCCCUCCUCGGCUGCACAGCAGCCCCCCGGGACACCCCGUGGGCAGCAGCAGAUGAGAAGGACACCCCGCAGGGGCAGCCAGCACAGAGCUGCUGCCAGGCUGGCACAGCUGCAGCCCCCUGCUGCAGCCCCCAGCACCAGCUGUGCCCACCAGCACACCCCAGGGUGCAGCCCACUCAGGAGAAGUCAGAGCUUGAAGAAAAGGAGGCUGGAGCCUACGUGAGACGCCCGGUGGGAUCUGUGCCUCUCUCGUGGGUUACAUCACAAGGCUGCAGCUGGCUUUCCAAAUUGUGGCACAUGGACUCUGCUGUACAUUAAGGGGAAGCAACAGAGAAGAGUUUCAUACAAUCAGAAAGAAUUUAAUGUACUCUCAGGUUGUUGUGUAUUUCAGAUACACAAUAACCUUCCUCUAUAACCACGCUACCAUUUGUGCUUCUGCAGCACGAGGCUUGUGGCCCUAUUACAAUUGGGCAGUACCUGUCAAUUGCCUGAAGCAGGAA